CACCCACCACCAGCAAUACCCCAGCAGGGCUGGCACCCAGCACCAGCACCACCCCAGGGGGGCUGGAAACCACCACCAGCACCACCCCAGCAGGACUGGAAACCACCACCAGCACCACCCCAGGAGGGGUGGAAACCACCACCAGCACCACCCCAGGAGGGCUGGAAACCACCACCAGCACCACCCCAGGAGGGCUGGAGCUCAGCACCACCAGCACGUCACCUCCAACCUCCAUGGCCAUGACACCCAGCUAUGACAAGAGUACCACUGUCAUGUCUGUGGGGACCAACACAGCCCUGGCUGCCAGCUCAUUUGGAGUUGAAACGAGCAUGCUGCCUCCCUCCACCUCUGCUCUUCUCUCCUCCACUGGGCUGGGCACCACGCUUGGCACCAGCCCCCGCCAAGAGCCAGCUAUGACCACACUGCUUGGCAGCACGUCCCCAGGGACCAGCACCACCUCUUCCUCCACCACGCCAGAAGUGACAGACACUUCAGAUGGGCCCUUGACGACCCCAUCAGACACCAUGACCUCCCUUGUUACCACCACACGGGUCCCUGGGACCACCCCUGGUACUUCUACCCCAACAGAGCCAGAGACCCCCAGUGAUACUGCAGAGACCACUGCCCUGGGUGUGACAGCAACUGUGUCCCCAGCUCUCCCUACCUCCUCAGCACCCAUGGAGAGCUCAACACUGCUGCCUACCACUGACUCCAGCACCACAGCCACCCUCCUUUCCUCCAGCCCUGAAACAGAAGCCUCCACCCCAGAGGAGUCCAGCACAUCCACAGAGACUGAAAACACCUCACCUUCCACUGUGCUUCCUCCCUCCACAACUACAGAAGAUUCAUCUGAAUCUACAGAAGAGACCUUGGCAACCCUGGCAGACACCACAGCCAGCCCUGUUAUCAGCACAUCGGACCCCAUGGGCACUCCCUCUUCCAGCUACCCAGACAGGACCACUCCUGACAUCUUCCCCUCAACUGUGGAGUCAACUCCAGGCACUGAGCCCUCUUCCCCGGCCUCCAGCUCAGCCCAGACCUCAGAGGCUGCUGCCCUCAGCACACCUACAGCCCUGCCACCGCUGCUGCCAACCUGCCCCUCUGCCUCACCCAACACCAGUGCAUCUCACCUGUUUCUGUCGCUGAGGCUGACCACCCCUCUGGACCUGGGGAACAUCACGGUGCAGGAGCUGCUGUUGUCCAAGCUCCGUGAGGACCUGCAGACAGCAUUCCCAUGUGCUGGCCUGUCACUGGCAUGGCGAGGGAAGAGGAGGACUUGACUGCUGCCCCUCACCUGGACUGCCAAGCACCUGCUCCCAGCUCCUCACUCCACGGUGGUGCAGGCCCUUGGGGAAUCCCAUAGAGCUCCUAUUGAACCUGGGGCUUCCUGUCCUUCACUCUGUACCCCCCGU